CAUUCUACACUCGCCGGUUUCUGCCAGUAGGCGGCUGUGUUUUAGUGACGGACUGAGGUAGUUUAAGCUGGCAGACGGGAAGGGAAUCCAUACAGAGUGGAACCAUGUCUGACUCCGGACACAGCCAGCCCAGCACGUAUAUCCCAGGACGGAACAGGAGACGGAGGUGGAUGGACCAGGGUCCCACUGGGAAUCUCAAUCUCUCGGAGCCGGGACGAGAUAGAGACCCCGUUCUGCGCGACCGCGACCAAGACAGAUGGGACGGGAAUGAAGAAAGCAGUGGCUACACUAUACAGAAAACUCCCAUCAUCCUGGCCAAGCCGACCACCGAGCGUGGGAAGCCGGCUCCUUCACCAGCCCCUGCUGCCAUUGAAAAGCCGAUUGUCCUGAUGAAGGCCAGAGAAGAAGGGAAAGCUUCAGCCACCACGGAGAGCCCCUCUCUACCGCCAGCCGCUGCCGCAGCAAAGGUGGAGAAGGAAGGACAGCGCCCCACUCAACCGGUAUAUCAGAUCCAGAACAGAGGCAUGGGCUCGGCGGGCAGCGGCAGCGUGGACCCUGUGGUGGGUCAGGCAAAGUUGAUGCCACCUCAGAAGAUGAAGCACUGCAUCAAGCUGGUGGACGAGUACAUGAACUGGUGUGACAGCGCCAUCGAGUUCCUCUUGGAUCAGACAGACGUUCUUGUUGUUGGCGUCCUUGGGUUACAAGGCACCGGGAAGUCCACAGUGAUGUCUCUUCUCUCUUCCAACUCGCCAGAUGAUGACCAAAGGUCCUUUGUGUUCAGGAUGCAAAGUCAGGAAGUGAGGGAGAGAGCCGGGAACCAGACAAGCGGCAUCGACUUCUUCAUCAGUCAGGAGCGAAUAAUCUUCCUGGAUACGCAGCCUAUUCUUAGUCCAGCGAUACUGGAUCAUUUGAUUAAUAAUGACAGGAAGCUCCCUCCGGAAUAUAACCUUCCCCAUACUUACGUGGAGAUGCAGUCCCUGCAGAUCACUGCUUUCCUCUUCACGGUAUGUCACGUAGUCAUCGUUGUCCAGGACUGGUUCACCGACUUCAAUUUAUACCGGUUUCUUCAGACAGCCGAAAUGCUUAAACCAUCGACUCCAUCGCCCAGCCACGAGUCCGGCAGCAGCUGUGGGUCUGAUGAAGGCAUCGAGUAUUACCCCCAUGUGGUUUUUUUGCAGAAUAAGUCCAAGCGGGAGGAUUUCUGCCCCCUCAACCUCAAGCAAAUGCACACGGUGAUAGACAAAAUCAUGAUGCAUUCCAGGCUUCGAUACAAAGGCACGCUCUCCAUGGUGGACUGCAACAUCUUCCCUGGCCUUCCUUACGACUUCCUGGAAUCCGAAGUCAAUUUAUUUCUCGUUCCGACAAUGGAUACCGAUACCGAUGACAACAUCACCAGAGCAGGCUCAGGAGGGAAUCCCCUCUUUCCUCUGCUUCCGGGUUACAAAGGACACCCCAGUUUCCACUCCCUAAUCAGCCGACUCCGAAGCCAGAUCACGUCCAUGUCCCGACCUCAGCUUUCACACACUAUCCUGACUGAAAAGAACUGGUUCCACUACGCGGCUCGGAUUUGGGAUGCAGUGAAAAAGUCAUCGGCGCUGUCUGAGUACAGCAGAUUACUUGGUUAAUGUGUGGCGUACGUGGGGAUAUCUAACGUGGUCUAGGGGCGUGUGGACCAAGAUCCGCCAUCGAAGGCCGGCAA